GUGGCCCGGGGUUGAGGAACAGAGCCUGUGCAGUUUGUAUUCGCCCAGCGGGAUUCAGGAAGAGUUCAAGGUACCCAUCUCUAGGACGCUGAGGGCGCUGCUUGGCGGAGGCUCCUGCAGCAGGGCGUCUGGUGGGCUUCCCAGCCGGAACUUGGUGUCACACUACAGGCAGUGGACCAGGGCUUGGUGCUCCAGUCUCCUCACCUGGGACCCGGUGGCCUGGUACCUUGCCAGGCUGCACCUCUGAAGUGGGCCCUUUACUCCUGGAGUUCCUGGAUCUUCUCACAACCCACCAUGAAUACCUCUCAUUUCAUGGCCUCUCUCUUCCUGGGAUCCCUACAGGGUAAGAAUGGGACCAAUCCAUUGGAUUCCUUCUAUAAUUUCUCUGACAGUUGCCAGGAUUCAGCAGACCUGUUGGCCUUCAUCAUCACCACCUAUAGCAUUGAGACCAUCUUGGGGGUCCUGGGAAACCUCUGCUUGAUAUUUGUGACCACAAGGCAAAAGGAAAAGUUCAAUGUGACCAACCUACUCAUUGCCAACCUGGCCUUCUCUGACUUCCUCAUGUGCGUCAUCUGCCAGCCACUCACGGUCACCUACACCAUCAUGGACUACUGGAUCUUUGGCGAAGUCCUUUGCAAGAUGUUAACUUUCAUCCAGUGUAUGUCAGUGACAGUCUCCAUCCUCUCACUGGUCCUUGUGGCCCUGGAGAGGCACCAGCUCAUUAUCAAUCCAACGGGCUGGAAACCUAGUAUUUUCCAGGCCUACCUGGGGAUUGUGGUCAUCUGGUUCAUUUCUUGUUUCCUCUCCUUGCCCUUCCUGGCCAAUAGCAUCCUGAACAACCUCUUCCACCACAACCACUCUAAGGUUGUAGAGUUUCUGGAAGACAAGGUCGUCUGCUUUGUAUUCUGGUCCUCAGAUCGCCACCGUCUCAUCUACACCACCUUUCUGCUGCUCUUUCAGUACUGCGUCCCUCUGGCCUUCAUCCUGGUCUGCUACAUACGCAUCUACCAGCGCCUGCGGAGGCAGAGGCGUGUGUUCUACACACACACUUGCAACUCACGGGUGAGGCAGAUGAAGCGGAUCAAUGGCAUGCUCAUGGCAAUGGUGACUGCCUUUGCCGUUCUCUGGCUGCCCCUGCAUGUGUUCAACACUCUGGAGGACUGGUACCAGGAAGCCAUCCCUGCUUGCCAUGGCAACCUCAUCUUCUUGAUGUGCCACCUGUUUGCCAUGGCUUCCACCUGUGUCAACCCUUUCAUCUAUGGCUUUCUCAACAUCAACUUCAAGAAAGAUAUCAAGGCUCUGGUACUGACCUGCCAUUGUAGGUCACCUCGAGGGGAGUCCGAGCAUCUGCCCCUGUCCACUGUGCACACGGAUCUCUCCAAGGGAUCUAUGAGGAUGGGUAGCAAGUCUAACUUCAUAUAGUCCUCUCUGGGCUUUUCCUUACCAUUUUUUUGGACACAUCCUUUCACUAAGCCAAGUAGACACAUUGCAGGCUUCGAUAGUAUCCUGUCAUUUCUGGAUUUUGGGGUUCAGAUAGGCUGGCAAGAGACUUGAAGCUUGACAUUCAAAUGGUUUAGCCAUUUGCUUCUGGGAGAAUUCUGAGUCAGGAUUCUGCAGAUCACAGAGAGAACUUUGUGGCUUGAGCUGCAAGGGUAUUAGAGCCAGAAAUGGCUGACUCUAAUAGCCACUCAGCACGGAUGCUUGGCCCAAAAGUCUUCAUCCAUGUCCUGACCAUUGAGCUAACUUGCCCAUCGUGAUGUGCUAUGCUCUUUCAAGGGAUGUUGGGUGUUUCAGUAUGGGUUGGUUUUGGUAGAAGCAGUGCUGGGAGUUGGGAGUCUGCUUAAUAAAAUACUUGCUGAAAAGAACAGGGACAAUAGGAAUGGGCUAUGAUAAAUAUGGCUGCCUUACUUAAGGUGGUCAAAGUUUAGUCCCCUCCUGGUUGCUGAAUGAGAUCCAAGGCAUCCUCAGUGUGUGUCCUUAGCAAGAAGGAUAUGCCAAGAUUGCUCUUGGUUCACAUAAGAUAGUUGUUGCAGUCCAAUUCUGUCUGAACAGAGCAAUCUUCCAAUACAGUAAACACAGUAGUCUCAUGGGAGACUUAUCCCCACACUGAACAGCUCUGAUGGACUUUCUGGAUCUGGUCCCUUACCAAGUGUGUGUGCAACGGAUGUCCUGGACAGGAGCUUUGGAGCUCCCACUUCUUUCUACCUGUCUCAGCUUUUGGCUGCAUCUCCAGUUUAGUGUUUUUGUUCCUGGAUUUGAGACAAUUUCUUUUGUUUUGAAGUGGGGUCUUACUGUGUAGACAGGCUUGCCUAGUGCUCCUGCCAAGCCUCCUUUCUGAGCACUGAUCAAGACAUAAGCCAUCACAUAUGAUGAAAAAUGAGCUUUAAACCACUCUGGUUAUCUAGCAUAGUCUUUUGCUGACUACUUCAUAUGAUCGACGUUGGGCAAAACCCAGACUCUCAGGCCCACCCUGGCAAGAUGACAUUGUCUGAACUUACAAAGACCUGGGGCCUUAGACUUCUCUUCUCAGAAGCUCCAGAAUGUAAGCUUUUAUUACUUAGGUUCAAUGAGGCCAAGGUGCUGGUGGUCCAGAUGAGAUAUUUAUGAGGUAUUAGGAAUCAGGGUGUGAUGUAGAAACUCCACUGAGCAUCUUGUGUUUUCCUUCCUGCUUAGUUAGGAUGACAAUAGCCUACCCUGUAUGGUUGUUUCCUGAUCCUAGUGUCCCGGUGUCCUGGUAUUUAAUGGCCCUUGGGAUUUCUUGGUUGCCAGCUUCUUUGAUGUUUACUAUCCUAAGUAUGGUCUGAAGACCAGCAGCCCUCGAAACUGGAGGCUGUUAGGUAUACAGAGUCUUUGUUGUCACUGCAGAUAUGCUGAAUGCAAGCCAGCAUUUGGUCAAAAUAUGUAGGUUAAUUGUAGGAACACUGAAGUCAGGAAGCUUUGCUUUAGGAAAUAGCAGCCCUGGGGCUUGGGGCUAUGGGGUGAUAGUGUGCAGCCGUGCACUCUGGGGUCUGAUCCAUGUUCUGAGCAUAUCUUUAAACUUUGAAGUGCCGAAAAGGUAUGCUCUGUUUUGGCUGUCAUUUCUCUGGCUGCAUGUGGACAUAUUUCUCGUGAAGCUUUUUAAUUAUUUCAAUAAAUACUUGCCAAAUACGUAGCUUAUAAAGUUCCACCUAUAGGGAGCCUGCCCUUUGCAUUCUGCUGGGUUUUACUUAAAACAGUUUUCCAUCAGUUUCCAUGGCUGCUUACCAGAAACUGCUCCCGUUCAAGCUGGUCGGUAUUUCUAUGUAACUCCUCCCAGGUCUGCUGGGGAGGGUUCCUAUGGGGAGUUAGUAGCUGCUCCCUAUGUAGGAGUGGUAAGGUUGGAGCUGGAUACAUAUUCCUGCAAGAAGGCCUGGGAUUUCUGAGAUUAUGUGAAGCCUUAUCAAACCCUGGCAGGAAGAUCUCAACCCUGUUUAAUUCUGGCCUUUUCCUCUUAAAUAAACAGUCUUGACAUGCUUUUCCAUUAUAAAAGUAAUCAUAUUGUAAAAUAAACUGAAAA